UAAGGCACCCGGGUUGAGGAAAUAACGCUAUCGUCUUCCCAUAGUCAACAAGUUCCGGGUAAAAAGUGGGAGGAUGACCUCAGCGCGUCGGCUCGAGGUAAACAACGUUGGUCGCGGCGGCCAUGGCGAGCGGCAGCUGCUAUUCGAGUCAGCGACAAGAUAAAAUGGCCAGAAAAGCCGAGGACCUCUUGGAUUCAUGACUGUGAUCCCGUCGAACAUUUCUGUUCUCACACUUCAUCCUUUGAUCUCGACUGUUGUCCUCAGCCAUGUCGUCGCGUGUGUUGCUGCGGCAGCAGCUUAUGCGAGAGCAAGCUCAGGAGCAGGAGAGACGAGAGGCACAGCAGCAGGCCUCCGCCUCUCAGCUCCGGCCCACUGACUCCACUCCCGCCAUCUCCGUCUCACUGCCUCCAAAUACUGCCCGCCCGCCUCCAGCGCAGGUGCCCGUGGAGGUGCUGAAAGUGCAGACCCACCUCGAGAACCCCACCAAGUAUCACAUCCAGCAGGCGCAGAGGCAACAGGUGAAGCAGUACCUCUCCACCACUCUGAGUAACAACGCGAUUACUCAGACGCUCGGUGUAUCGCCUGUGCCACAGUGCAGCUCUGCCCCUGAGGUUGCCCACACUGCCAACAGCGCCCCUAACAGCCCGAUGGCCCUACUUAACAUCAGUUCCAACAAGGAGGAAAUUGAAGACGUUAUCGACGACAUAAUUAGUCUGGAAUCCAGUUUUAAUGACGACAUCAUUACAUUGAUUGACUCGGGUCUUCAGUUACCUAAUACGGUAAGAGGCCAAGCUCAGGAGCAGGAGAGACGAGAGGCACAGCAGCAGGCCUCCGCCUCUCAGCUCCGGCCCACUGACUCCACUCCCGCCAUCUCCGUCUCACUGCCUCCAAAUACUGCCCGCCCGCCUCCAGCGCAGGUGCCCGUGGAGGUGCUGAAAGUGCAGACCCACCUCGAGAACCCCACCAAGUAUCACAUCCAGCAGGCGCAGAGGCAACAGGUGAAGCAGUACCUCUCCACCACUCUGAGUAACAACGCGAUUACUCAGACGCUCGGUGUAUCGCCUGUGCCACAGUGCAGCUCUGCCCCUGAGGUUGCCCACACUGCCAACAGCGCCCCUAACAGCCCGAUGGCCCUACUUAACAUCAGUUCCAACAAGGAGGAAAUUGAAGACGUUAUCGACGACAUAAUUAGUCUGGAAUCCAGUUUUAAUGACGACAUCAUUACAUUGAUUGACUCGGGUCUUCAGUUACCUAAUACGCUCCCAGGAAAUCUGCUGGAUGUGUAUCACAGCCCUGGAAUGGCAGCGCCCACUCUCACUGUCAGCAACUCCUGUCCUGCUGAUCUUCCAAAUAUAAAAAGGGAAAUUACUGAUGCCGAUACCAAAGCUUUUAUGAAGGAGAGGCAAAAGAAAGACAACCACAACCUGAUUGAGAGGAGACGGCGAUUUAAUAUAAACGACCGUAUAAAGGAGCUCGGAACGCUCAUACCCAAGUCAAGCGACCCUGAGAUGCGCUGGAAUAAAGGCACCAUACUGAAGGCCUCGGUGGAUUACAUCCGCAAGUUACAGAAGGAGCAACAGCGAGCCAAGGAUGUCGAACUGCGCCAGAAAAAAUUGGAGCAAGCCAACCACAGCUUAAUGAUGCGCAUCCAGGAGCUGGAAAUACAGGCCCGUGUCCACGGUCUCUCUUCCAACGCCGCCGGCAUCUCCUCUGGCCUGGGCACCGGUCCUGCCCUGCUCCAGCAGCACCACCACCACCACCAGCAGCACCACCAAACGCUUCCAAACGGCCAGUCCCUACACCCCGGCGCAGAGGCACCCUCCGGGCAUAACCUCCUCGGUCUGGGUGCGUCACACAUGAACUGA